GAUUCGAUAACAUACAUGUAUGUAUGUAGCAUGUAAACCAAGCGAUCAUACGUAUAAGCACUGCGGAGUUCCGAUAGCAGAGUAGUACCGUACGCAGAUCGAGUGCGUGUGUGACCUCCCUCAUUGGAGAAAUGUCGUCGACACUCGUGGCCGCGAAAUAAACGACGAAACAUGUCCGGACCGACAGUCAGUCGUGCACAGACACCCGGCGGUGAUGUUCAGAUAGGUGCAACGGUGGGCUGUGUAGUCUGUAAUAGAACUGACAAGCUGUUAAGGUGUUCACGGUGCAAGGCCGUCUCCUAUUGCACCCAAGAACACCAAAGGCGGGAUUGGAAACGUCACAAAGAAUUUUGUGCGACUCAUUCGGUGCGAUCGAUCGUACCAGAUUCAGUUGCAACGUCUAAGCAAAAUUCCGUUCUGGAAUUGAGCAAGGAUUCCUCCUCCCUCAGGAAUUGUCAGUUUUCAAAUACACCAGUAGUUUCUAACCUAAACGAGAAACCAGUGUCAGAAACAACGCGGGGAUCGGAGGAUGCUACUCAAGAAGUUCAUUACAAUGCGAAACAUUCUGGAGGAGUAAAUAAACAGGCAGAAAAAGUGAGGGAACUGUUGGAUUGUAAAGAACGUCAAAAUCCUAAGAGGAAAUCUAGUGGUAUCAAAACAAAAGGUAGCCGUACUAACAGAGUAGACGGAUGGACUUCUCCGAUAACGUACGAAGGAAGUUCUGAAGACACAAUCCUAGGUGCCAGAGCUGAAUUAUUGAAUCCUGUCUUAGAAAGUUCAAGAAUCCUUGAUAACUUGCAGGACAAUGCAUUAGACAUGCCUACACAACAUCACAACGGUAUGAAGAACUUCCCAGAGGUUCGUUUCACUCGUGAUGAAGAACUUUUACCACCUUUCCUCCACAAAAACAAGUAUAAUCUUGAAGAGUUAAUAGACGAAAUAUGCAGAAAUGUGAUUAGAGACAUGGAUGAAUACGGUAUGUGUGUGGUAGACAAUUUUCUAGGAGCGGAGAAAGGUCUUGCAGUGCUAAACGAAGUUUUAAAUAUGUAUAGUGCUGGAUUAUUUAAAGAUGGACAGUUGGUUUCUAAUAAAGCAGGUGCGAACGACUUAAAGACAAUUCGUGGUGAUCAAAUAACAUGGUUAGAUGGAAAAGAAAAACAAUGUCAGAAUAUUGGGAUGCUUAUAUCCCAAGUGGAUGCCAUCAUUAUGAGGGCAAAUAAAAUGUGUAACAAUGGAAAAAUGGGCAACUACACGAUCAAUGGAAGGACAAAGGCGAUGGUGGCUUGUUAUCCUGGUCACGGUUCGCAUUACGUGAAACACGUGGACAAUCCUAAUCGAGAUGGACGAUGCAUCACAGCCAUAUACUAUCUCAACCGAGAUUGGGAUAUCAAGAAAAAUGGUGGCCUGUUGAGGAUAUUUCCAGAAGGCUGGCGUGAUCAGGUAGCGAACAUCGAGCCGCUUUUCGAUAGAAUACUCUUCUUCUGGUCCGACAGGAGAAAUCCGCACGAAGUACAGCCAGCAUACAAAACCAGAUAUGCAAUCACUUUGUGGUACUUCGACGCCGAAGAAAGGAAUCAAGCUUGUCGAAGAUAUCAAAGAGAAAGAGAACUAUACGCGAAGAAGGAAAGUUCGUGAGACAUGGAGUUUAAAAGACCGUUACACCAUCCGUCGACUGAAAGUGUAACUCUGCUAGCUAAACAUACACACCUGUACAUAGUUACACGAAGAAAGCGUUGGUACAUAAGCUGUUAUGUAUUAUUCUGUAUUAUGAUAUAGUCGAUUGCAGGUGAUACGAACAUUUGAGCAUAAAAAAUGUUAAGAAAGUGCAAUAGAUGUAAGCGCGUUCUUUUUUUCUUUUUUUUUUACAUUGCGGCACUGUAAUAUAUUCGAUAAGUGAGUGCACGUAGCUCUUACGGCGAUUCACAAUUACACAUAUUAUUAAUCUGCGUUAUUCUAACACUUUAACGCUCACACUCUAAUCGAACGUUUGAGAAGUAAAGAAAAAAAAAAAAAAUUUAGCAUUCGCUUGCCACGGUUGAAAGUUUGUUAGUUUCCAAUAUUUGGAGCAUUAAGAAUUCAUACAUAUAGCAUUCGUAAUUCGUAUACGAACGCUAAGGUA